AAUGAAUUGAAUUCCAAUUUCUGAGUUCAAAAGUUUAAUUACGGAGCUGCAUAAGAAUUGAAUGAACGUUUUAGGAAAUAGUUUCUAUUGAUCUUGCCAUUGAUCGACACUAAAGUUUUUUGAACGUCUGUCAUUGGCUGCUGCAAUCUAUCUGGAGCCAAUCACGAAAUACCACAUGUGUCAAGAACAAUCUUUUUAAAACUUCGUUCAUAAUUAAUUACAUUUAUUAGAAUGAAAAGUUGGAGUAUUAAUAAUAUAGGUGUCUGUGUGUAUGUGAGAGAGAGAGAGAAAAGGAGAUGCCCUUAGUAGUAUCAUUCGAAUCAUUGUGAACGUGCCUUAAAAUUGACGGUACGAAAAAUGACCGAUAGAUCGGGCUGCAGAGCGUGACACGCUUUCAGUUGCCACUGGACAGCUGAUCGUGGCAUUUCGCAAGAAUGAAUUUGAAAGUGAAACCUUGUAUUUUCAAACCGUUGAAGAGUUUAAUUUUACAAAAAAGAUGCCACCGAGUAGUGGCAACGAUUGUUACGUAUUGUUUACAAAAAAAGCUUGUAUGAAGAGCACCACGAAAGACAAAACGCCAUCUGGAGCUGGCAGAGUGGGAGUUUUUCUUGUUUUCGUGUCCGGUAUCGUUGUAGCUGUCAUCGCUACUGUUAUCUCGAAAUAUCUCCAAAAUGAAACACAGAUUGAAGUAGCUGAUAGAGAAAUACGAAGAGUAUUCGCACCUCUACCAUCGCAGAACUAUUUAAACGUCUACGACGAUGGUACCCUCAAUAGUUUGGUAUUGGCCUCAUCGGAAUUACAAAAAUUGGAGCACAGCGGAGAUGCAGCGUUGGAGGCUGAAGCUUUGUCUUCUUUGCACUUGGCGCUGGAAAUGAAACUGGCAGGAAAGCAAAAGAAAGCCAUAAAGUUGUUUCAACAUGCUGUGGCAUUAGCUCCUCAUCAUCCUGAUAUUUUAAACCACUACGGUGAAUUUUUGGAACAAACCCAAAACGAUGUUAUAAAGGCAAAUGAGUUUUACGUAAGAGCGUUAACUUACGAACCGAACCAUGAAAGUGCUCUGAUGAAUCAUCAGAGAACAGCUCGAGUUGUUGAAGAGUUGGAUCGAAGAAUGCUUGGAAGAAUCGACGAAAAGAGAAAUGCUCUGUCGAGCAUUCCUGAAAGCAAUGCCGCUCUUAUAAGAGCUAAAAAAGAAGCUUACUUUCAACAUAUCUAUCACACGGUCGGUAUUGAGGGAAAUACCAUGAAUCUUGCACAAACUAGAGCCAUUGUAGAAACCCGAACUGCGGUUGCUGGAAAAAGCAUUGACGAACACAAUGAAAUUUUGGGCCUGGAUGCUGCUAUGAAAUACAUAAAUGCCACCCUUGUAAAUAGAUUGAAAACUCCAGGGUGGAAUGAUUGUAAUACAGCCUGUCGUGGCACUGACAGUGAACAGACGUUCCAAAACGUUGGUUCGAUCACAAUAAAAGAUAUCUUGGAAAUUCAUCGAAGAGUAUUAGGCCACGUGGAUCCUAUCGAGGGUGGACAUUUUCGAAGAACUCAGGUCUACGUCGGUGGUCACAUUCCACCUGGUCCUGGAGAUAUUCACUUUUUGAUGGAAGAAUUUGCAGCUUGGUUGAACAGUGAUCGAGCUAUUAGAAUGCAUCCAGUCAGAUACGCAGCCUUAGCUCACUACAAACUGGUGCACAUUCAUCCAUUUUCCGAUGGCAAUGGCAGAACCUCGCGGCUAUUGAUGAACACCAUUCUAAUGCAAGCUGGUUAUCCUCCUGUGAUAAUCCACAAACAACAUCGCCACAAAUAUUACGAGUAUUUGCAAAUUGCAAAUACCGGUGACGUCAGACCUUUCGUACGAUUUAUAGCUGAAUGUACGGAACAAACAUUGGAUCUUUUUUUAUGGGCUACCAGCGAAUUCUCACGUCAGGUACCUGCUCUCGGUCAAGAGACAUUGGUUAGAGACAAACGUAGCACGAUUAUUAUAGAUGACGAAGGAAGCGGCGAUUACGACAUCGAUUGAUGGCAAUUCCAAUCAUGAAAAUAGGUCGAAUUUUUUGUUUACUCAAAUUUUCUCCCGUUAUUGAGAUUUCUUAAAAGUUAUGAUUAUUAUGUAAUUACGCAGAACGAAAUGCAAUUCCCGGAUGCCUCAAUAUCCGAUUCUCUUCGAAAUUUGAAUUAUGUUCAAUUUUUUUCUCAAUUAACUUCUUUCUCGCUGGAUAUUUCAGAAAAUGAAAAUAAUUGUAAUGUCAACAAUUUACGAAUCAAACGGACCCAAUUUUCGGGAUCUUUGAUAUUUAAAAUUAAUUUAUCGAUAAUUUAAAAGCUUACCAAAAACAUAUUAUUUUUUUAUUUAUAUUGUAAAUAGCCAAGGUGCGUGCUGAGUGCAAGUCUUCAUAAAAAAAUCAUCUCAGAAAUAUUUUGUCGCAAAAUCACCAUGGAAACGUUAGAAAAGACUUGAAUGUUUUGCUUUCUUUUUGUGAAAGUACGCAGAAAUACGAUUGUGUCGAUUGAUAACAAAAUUUAAAAAAUUGUACAUAAUUCAAGUAAUUGUUGACUAAUGGUCAGUAUAAUGUGCGAUUGUGAAUGUUCUGAGUGUAAUAAAUGGAUGAAAUGAAAUAACGAAUGGAUUUGUGCGCGUGCGUGUGUGUGCGUGUGCAUAAAUAUUCCGACGGUCCGAAUAUCGAGGGAUUAUAGAAAACGAAUUUUCCAAGCAUCAAAAUAAUCUCGAAAAUUAGCCAAAAAUUGUAAUUCUGUGAUGCAAUUGAAAAAUUCGAUUUUUCAUAUCCACGCUACAAUUGACAUACCCAAUAAUGUAAUCCUGACUUCCUGUAAUAUAUUUAUAACUCCGUUGAUAUACCAAA